CGGUGUCUCACAAAAAGUGCGAAGUUUCCUAUGUGAUCUCCUUUCGGAUAUUAUUAGAGAAAAAUAAAAGAGAAAUCAGAAAUGGUCAACGAGGACCGAAGAGACGUUCGCGACGACCGAGAUCGCCGCAAUAAAGAUAGAGAAGGUGAUCGAGAGCGAGAAAACAAAGAUCGCGAGCGAGAACGUGACAACAAAGAUCGGGAAAGGGAUCGAGAUAACAACAAAGAUCGUGACCGUGGCAAUAAUCGAGACAAUAAAGAUCUUGCCAGAGAUCGUGAUCGUGAGAGAAGAGAACGCGAAAGGAAAAGAUCACGCAGUCGCUCUCGUAGUCGUGAUCGAACAGCAAGACGACGUAGAUCCAGAUCCAGGUCACCAAGGGACCGUCGAGAUCGUAAAGAUGUGAAAACAGAACAAGAUGCAAAAGAUCAGGAAGCCAGUGAAGAGAAUACUGAACAGCAAACGAUUAAAAAGGAGCCCCUGUCGCUGGAAGAAUUGUUGGCUAAAAAGAAAGCUGAAGAAGAGGAAAAGAGCAAACCCAAGUUUCUCACGAAAGAAGAACGUGCAGCCGAAGCUAUGCGGAAGCGACAGGAGGAAGUUGAAAAUUUACGCAAACAGCAAGAAGAGGAAAGGUCAAAACGGAAUGCCUUUUUUCAGGCGGCUAAAGAGACCAACAGGGAACCAGAACGCGAUCGUCGACGUGAUCGAGAAAGGGAGCGCGAAAAGGAGACCAAAGAUCGUAAAGAUGGUGAAACAGACCGCGAUAAGCAAAAGGAGAUGGAUGCCAUCAAGGAUCGUUACCUGGGCAUGGCCAAGAAAAAGCGACGUGUCCGCAGGCUGAACGAACGUAAAUUCGUUUUCGAAUGGGAUGCGGCAGAAGACACUGCCGUCGACUACAACCCAAUCUACAAGGAAAGACAUCAGGUCCAAUUUUACGGUCGUGGUCAUGUGGCCGGAAUUGACAUCAAAGCCCAGAAGAAAGACCAGUCGAAAUUCUAUGGUGACAUGUUGGACAAACGACGGACAGACACUGAAAAGGCCCAGGAGAAGGUCCGUUUGAAGAAGGAACAAAGACGAGAAGACAAGCAGAAAUGGGACGACCGUCACUGGCAAGAGAAAAAGGUCGAAGAAAUGACUGAACGUGAUUGGCGUAUCUUCCGAGAAGAUUACAACAUCACCAUUAAAGGUGGCAAAAUUCCUAAUCCAUACCGUUCGUGGGCUGAUUCUGAUCUCAACAAGGAAACUUUGGAGAUUAUCGAAAAAGUUGGAUACAUUGAUCCUACUCCCAUCCAGCGUCAAGCCAUUCCUAUUGGAUUGAAGAACCGAGAUAUUAUCGGUGUGGCUGAAACAGGAUCAGGAAAAACCGCCGCAUUCUUGAUCCCCUUACUCGUCUGGAUUCAGUCGCUUCCCAAGAACGUCCGCCUGGGUGACGAUGAUUCGGGACCCUACGCCAUCAUUUUGGCUCCUACUCGUGAGUUGGCUCAGCAGAUUGAAGAAGAAUGCAUCAAAUUCGGUCAGCAUUUGGGCAUCCGAACGGUUGCCGUCAUCGGUGGUCUUUCCAGGGAGGAGCAAGGCUUCAGACUGCGAAUGGGUUGCGAGAUCGUGAUUGCCACUCCCGGUCGUCUGAUUGACGUUUUGGAAAACAGAUAUUUGGUGCUGUCACAGUGCACGUACAUUGUGCUGGACGAAGCUGAUCGCAUGAUUGACAUGGGUUUCGAACCCGACGUGCAAAAGAUUCUGGAACACAUGCCAGUCACAAAUCAGAAGCCGGACAACGACGACGCUGAAGACGAGCAAAAGCUGAUGGCCAAUUUCAAUUCCAAGAAUAAAUUCCGACAGACUGUCAUGUUUACGGCAACUAUGCCUUCGGCGGUGGAGCGAUUGGCUCGAACUUACCUGCGACGUCCGGCUGUGGUCUACAUCGGCUCGGCCGGCAAACCUGUGGAACGAACAGAACAAAUCGUCUACAUGGUUGAAGAGAACGCCAAACGCAACAAGUUGAUGGAAAUUCUGCGCCGCGGAAAACUCGAACCUCCCAUCAUCAUUUUCGUCAACCAAAAGAAGGGAGCAGAUGUACUGGCCAAGGGCCUGGAGAAAUUUGGCUUCAAUGCUUGUACUCUGCACGGUGGUAAGGGUCAGGAGCAGCGUGAAUUUGCCCUGUCCAACUUGAAGUCAGGAGCCAAGGAUAUCCUGGUGGCCACAGACGUUGCCGGCCGUGGUAUCGACAUUAAGGAUGUCUCGUUGGUCAUCAACUACGACAUGGCCAAAACGAUCGAGGAUUACACACAUCGUAUCGGUCGUACGGGGCGAGCCGGCAAACAUGGAACAGCCAUCUCCUUCUGUACCAAGGAUGAUUCGCCACUCUUUUACGACUUGAAGGCUCUUCUUCUAUCCAGUCCAGUGUCGACGUGUCCUCCGGAAUUGGCCAACCAUCCAGACGCUCAACACAAACCUGGAACUGUUGUCCAGCGCAGACGAAAAGACGAGAAGAUUUUCGCUUAGAUUUUCUUGUAGUUUAGGUCUCGUCGUGCGUUCAACUCCAUUUUUAAUGAUUCUGAAUUUUCCUUGAAAAUAAAAUAAAAUCAUUUCUGCUCCAA